AUGAGCUUUGAGGUGAUUGGUUUUCGAUUCGGUGACGGGCUCAACUCGGAUACUUCGGUUUACUCGCGUGCAAUUUUCCCCUUGGAAGCGGGAACCAUAUCCGACCAACAUCUCCCUGUUCCCAACCUCAAAGCCCAAACCCCACGCUUCCGCUCACUGGAGGCUUUUGUUGCGCCUGAAAACCCCCCCACUACACCCACUCUUGCUGGGCUGCCCCUCCGGCUUUCCAGCUGCAGCGGUGUGAAAGUACAGCGGCUAGGUAGUUAUUACCGCCUGGGUCGAUCUACAUUUGCUGAAAAGAUCAUUUCGUCAGCCUACAAACUAGCCAUGUUCAACUGGGUUCAGCAGCACUACGAAAGCACCACUGCCAAAGAAAACGCCGCUAAUCAUGGAAAUAACCUUGCCCGCAGGAUCGCCAAUGUCGCUGGCACGCAAGAGCCCAUCUACGGAUCCUCUGCUAUCCGAUCGGUGGCCGAGGAGGCCAAGGAGACUCCCUUUACCGAAAUCGGCCGCGACGACCUGACGUGGAAAGAGAUGGAAUGGACCAAUGUCGAGACGCAAACGUUUUACUUCAUCUCCGACCAAGGCAGAGUCGGCAUGGCGCAGGUUAUUUACAGCAACGUUGCCGGCAUCCGCAAGACGUGCCAGUUCAACUCCAAAAUCUUCUCCGUCGACGAAUCAAAGCCGCACAUGUGGUCCUCGACGCCACUCAACAACUUUGAGAUUAGCGAGGACAAGGCGUCGUUUUACGCGGACGACUGCGCCCUCGAGCUGUCCGCCGACGGCAACUCGUACACCAUCAAGAGUCUCAACGACGAGCACGCCACUGUCAACCUCAAAAUCACCAGGAAGGCGCCAGGCUUCCAGGCCGGAAAAACAGGCACCAGUAGCUACGGCACAGACCCCAAGGAGCCCUGGGGUUGGAUGCGCCAUGCCUUUUGGCCCCGCUGCGCCGUCGAGGGCACCAUCACUACGACCGAUGAAGGCGCCGUCGACUUUACCGGCCGCGGCUUCUACAGCUACGCCCUGCAGGGCAUGAAACCGCACCACGCCGCUGCCCGCUGGAGCUUCCUUCACUUCCAGGGCCCCAGCCACUCGGCCGUCAUGAUGCAGUUCGUCACGCCUCCAUCGUACGGCUGCACAGUCGUAAACGUCGGUGGCAUCGCGACCGAUAGCGCCAUUGUCGGUGCCGGCUGUGACAACACGGCCACAGACAAGGCUGUCGAGGCGGACCCGGAGAGCGGCUGGCCCGCCCCGACUAAUGUCGCCUUUGUCUGGCACGCCAAAGACAAGGACGGCAACCCCGUCGAGGCGGAGAUUGACGCCGCACUCGGAAAGCGCCUAGACCGCGUCGACGUCAUGGCCGAGGUCCCGGCGUUUGUCAAACGCAUUGUGGCUGGUGCCGUGGGAACCAAGCCUUAUAUUUACCAGUAUGCCACCAAGGCUACGCUCAAGCUCAAGGCUGGCGGUAAGGAGGUUACCGAGGAGGGUCAUGUUUUCAGCGAAGCUACCUUCAUCUCGGAGCUCGAGACCCCUUCUGCGUAA